AUGUUGUUUCACACUAUCACGGUCGCUUGCUAUCUUGCUGCUGGCACUCGUGCCUCUAGCAUCUUGGUUAGAGAGGAAUCGAAGAUUCCUUCACCCCCAGCUCCAGAACCUAUUGAGGUGACCGAGAUACCCCUGCCACCUGCCAUCCCAGAGGGAGCGGCUUGCACGGUAGAGGUAAACCCAAGAGGCACCGGCUGUAUCACUACAACAUUGAACAAGAUGCAAGCUGGGACGUUCACCAGAGACCAAAACCAUAUUAUCGCUUCUGUACUUUUUGUGGGCGCGCCCGACACAAUCUACGAUGGCACGCAGAUCAUCAUCAUCAACGCACAAAAUACUACGUUUUCAAACGGAGACCCCUGGAGAUGCAUCACCUGUGGGGUUCCGCCAGAGAACUCCAUUGGACGCAUUGAUGCUAUGCUCUAUCCUCGAGCCUUUAACGAUGGAAAACGGAUUCUGGCUGGCCCCAACAUCAUCGAAACUGGUGGCUAUGACAUUACUGACGAUCGUGUCUCUCCAGAGAAAACUUUCAUCUACCCCAUUCGGUGGAAUGUUGCUGCUGACGGUUCCGGACCAGGUGGUGCUAUACGUGAGCUUCGUCUUCACCCUGACGACACUCACUUGGCCUGGAGCUCGUUUGUUGCGGGCGGCGAGUUCUCCUACUAUGGUCGUUUGAAAUUUACCAAAAACCCAACUGCUGGUACCCCCCUUGCGCCGCGCUACGACUUAGAGAAAGUGAGCCUUCUCCACAACGACAAGUUUGGUAGAUUCAUCGACGUCAAGGGUGAUGAGUUGAUCAUAGACCGCAAUGCAAUUAUAAUCGGCGAGCUUCGAGGAUUCAGUGGAACUGGUCACGAAAUUACUUACUUAGGUUACCCAUGGGAAUCAUGCAACCUUGAUGUCUUCGCAGUCUCCCUCCAAACUGGCAAGAUUCGGCGCCUGACAUCUCACCCGGAAUACGUAGACCCUGUCGACAUCUCUGCAGAUGAUAAAUGGACCGUCAUCCAAGACACCAGGGGUACCGACCGUCAGAUGUGGUUAUCAGGCAUGCGCGGGAUUCCUCCUAUCAUCGAUUUAGUUGUCAGCGCUGCUGCCUCAUCAACUAGAAAUAACGGCGAGCGUCGCUUCUUCCAACCUUAUCUUCUCGAUAGAUACGGGGACCGUGGAAAUUACUUUGGCCAGCGAGUUAACGCAGCUGGGGACGGAUCCAAUGGUGCUGUCAACGAUCCGAAUUGGAAUGGGAAGGCUGAUCCGCAUUUCUCUCUGGAUGGCACACGUAUUGUUUACCAUCAAGAUUUGCUGACUGCUCCCGCCUGUGGUGGAGAAAACCCUCUUCCUUGUCCUGUAUUGAACGCCCAAGGUGGUCGAAGGAGCCGCAUCAUGCUUGCCUGGCUGGUUAGUCGCUCGCCUCAACGAAUUCCCAAGUUUGAAGCUGGCCCAGACUGGAUCUCUUGGGCAACUCCUUACGUCGCUGGAAGUCCACCCCCAUCACGUUAUGCUGUGAAAGGCGGCACCUACAAGCACCAUGGCAACGUCUCUGGUACUGCUGACGUGGUUAUCACAACGGAUAAAACUGGUGCAGAACAGGGUGUAACAGUAGUGUACAAGAACUACUCCGAUGGUCGUGAUUAUAUCCUGAACGGAUAUGAAAACGCCACGAUAACUCGACCAACGGAAUGGGAUGUUGUUAAUGAUUGGUACUCCCGGAUAGUGCAGACUGGAGUUGUCAAAGGCGUUAAAGAAACAAGCAAAGAUGGUUUUCACCUUUCCAUCAACGUUCUGGAGAAUAUCUUCAACGCGAAUGGAACGCUUACCACGACUUUAAAUGGAAAGGUCUACAAACAGCCUCAGAACAAGACUUAG